UUCACACGUGAUUUAGAUAGCGUCCCCUCAUAUUUCGUUGAAAGUUGAACGGAGUUCAAAUUGAAAUCGACACUUCUCAUUUGACAAACGUGUACGCUUUCCUCGACCAGUGGUCUAGGGUUUUAAUUCAGCGGUAAAAUCAUCAACUUUGAAUUAGCGUCAUCCGAGAUCUCUCCAUGAGGAGUCGGCUUUAGUGUUUAUGCCAACGAUAUUUAAUGAUUAUGUAUUUUUCUCCACAUAUUGUUUCUGUUAUGAACAAUUAAUUUUCGUUGGUAAAAUACACACCGCUGUAUAAUACCGGUCAUGAUUUAGUGCUGCGUUCCAUUUCCAUGCGAUUGCAACGGAGUUAUUGUUAACAUAUUCACGGCUUAACCUAAUACGCUAACGUGAAUUGCAACCUAUGCAUUAGAAAACGAUACUUUGAGUUAACCUUUCAAGCGAUACUACAACUGUUGCAUCAAACUCAACAGGAUCAGUUAUGAAUUUUAAUUGAAACCAAUAAGACUUUGUUGUAAAAUAAUAGUAUAUAAUUGUGCAAAAUGAGUGAGAGUGCACCAGUUAAUGAUGUGUCUGAAAGCAACGGUGGGCCAGAGCAACCAACUUUCAAUGGAGAAUCUGAGGAACAUACGAAUAAAUCACCUGUAAGUGCAGAAGACAAAGCACCUGACUCUGUGUGUGACAAUGGGAUAAAGAAGAACAAUACAAGCACUGGUAUUGGAAGUAAUACCACUAGUACAACUAAUAGGUCAAAAAAACGUAAGAAAGCUCCCAGAGAUGCAACUGCUCCAAAGCAACCACUCACAGGAUACUUUAGGUUCUUAAAUGACCGAAGAGAAAAAGUACGGAAUGACAAUCCGACUUUAUCAUUUGCUGAGAUUACAAAACUUCUUGCCUCGGAAUGGAGCACAUUACCAGCUGAUUUAAAGCAACAGUAUUUGGAUGCAGCUGAGCAAGACAAAGAACGUUAUAAUCGUGAAUUUAGCGACUAUAAACAAACAGAAGCAUACCGGUUGUUUAAUGAGAAACAAUCUAUGGAAAAGCAACAAGAAAAUAAAAAGGAACGAAACGGGACUGAUGUCAAUUCUGAGCAAAAUGAUAUUCAACAGGAAAAAGACAAUGAUUUCACAGGCUUUGAUAUUCCCAUUUUUACAGAAGAAUUCUUAGAUCACAAUAAAGCAUGCGAAGCGGAAUUAAGACAAUUAAGAAAAGCUACGUCGGAUUACGAGGCUCAAAAUGCUGUUCUUCAACGGCAUGUGGACAGUCUAUAUGCAGCUGUAAAUCGUUUGGAGUCUGAAACAAAUCAACAACGUACGACAAAUCAAGCUUUACAACGUCAUUUGGAUUCUCUUCGUUCGCAGUUAGCUGGUUGCUUUACGGCAGUACCUCUUCCAGCUGCAUACAUGGGAGAUUCCACGAUAGUAGAGAUGCUUUUAUUGCAUGGAGCCGCUGUAAAUGCUAAGGAUAAGAAAUGGUUGACUCCAUUGCAUAGGGCCUGUUGCUCAGGGAACCAUAAGGUAGUACAUGUUUUGUUACGCCAUAAAGCUAAUGUCAAUUUGAGGGACCGCAAUUGGCAAACUCCUUUUCAUGUAGCAGCAGCGAAUAAUGCUGUAAAAUGUGCACAACUGAUAGUUCCAUACUUAAGAGAUGUUAAUAUAGUGGACAGGACUGGUAGAACAAGCUUCCAUUAUGCAGCCUACAAUGGACACCUUGAAAUGACAAAGUAUCUGAUUAAAAUCGGCUGUUCAGUAAAUGCUAAUGAUAGAAUAAAGAAUCGCAGUGCUUUGCAUUUUGCAGCAUUUAUGGGACACGAUAGUAUCGUGAAAACACUUAUAACCUAUAGAGCCGAUGUCAAGGAUAAAGACCGCGAUUUGUAUACUCCAUUACAUGCGGCUGCAGCUUCUGGCAGUGUCUCUUGUAUGCAAAUAUUAAUUAAUGCUGGCGCUGAUAUUGAAGCUAAGAACGGUCACGGAAACACACCACUGUACAUUGCGUGUUUAAAUGGCCAUGCAGACGCAGUAAAGGAAUUAAUUUCUCAUGGAGCAAAUAUUGAGACUGUGAACUACCGUCGACAAACUCCUCUACAUGUAGCUGCUGCCAGCCCCAAUAGUGUUCAGUGUUUAGAAGUACUUUUACAAGCUGGUGCGAAAAUCAACGUCCGAUCGAAAGAUGGUCACACACCCCUGCACAUGACCGCGAUCUACGGAAGGUUUACACGAUCAAAAAGCUUACUCGAUGCUGGAGCAAUAGCUGACACAGAGGACAAAAUGAGGAAUACUGCUCUUCACAUAGCUGCUUGGUACGGUCACGAAUGUUUAACGACAACGUUGUUAGAAUACGGAGCGUCUCCAGCACUGCACAAUGCUGAAUUACGUACACCAUUACACCUCAGUUGUCUAACAGGCCAUAUCGAGGUGUGUAGAAAGUUGUUGCAAGCCGACAGCCGCCGUAUAGAUACCAAAGACGUCGGUGGUAGGACACCAUUGCAUUUAGCAGCAUUUAAAGGUUACGUCGAUUGUCUAGAUUUAUUAUUAUCCAACGGAGCAAAUUUCCGAUUAACCGACGACGACAAUAGGUUGGCGCUUCAUUACGCUGCUAGUCAGGGACAUUAUUUUUGUGUCUUCACUUUGGUUGGUUUCGGGAGCGAUUCUAAUGCCCGUGAUAUAGACGGCGCAACUCCUUUGCAUUUAGCUGCCGCGUCGACUGCGACCGACACUGGUGCUCAAUGUGUACAGUAUUUACUGAAGCACAGAGCAGAUCCACGUUUACGUGACAAACGUGGCUUCACUGCGUUUCAUUACGCUGUAGCUGGAGGGAAUCAACCAGCUUUAGUAGCACUUUUGGAAGCUUGGUCACCAAUCAACACGGAGGGGUCCAAUUACACGGAAGAACCAGAACCACCGCCACCGAAGUUAACACCAUUACAUCUUGCCGCGUAUUACGGGCAUAGUAAAAUAUUAAGCCUACUGCUGCCACUAUUUCCGAAUACUAAUAUCAAGGAAGACUCUGGUAAAACACCUUUGCAUUUGGCCUCCAGCAAAGGCCACCAGCAAUGCGUCGAAUUACUGUUAAGUCACGGAGCUUUGGUAUCUAUACAAGAUUCCGUUGGUAGACGCACACCGAUACACUGCGCGGCUGCGGCAGGUUUCAAUUCUUGUCUGGUACUUCUUUUAGAAAAUGCAGAAGACCCAAGCGUUGUCAAUUGUUAUGAUGCAAAGCAGCGUACUGCUUUAACGUUGGCAGUAGCGAACAUUAAUACAGAGUGUAUUAUCUCACUUUUGAAAUAUAAAGCCGAUUGUAAUUUACCAGACAUUAACAAACACACGCCGUUAUUCCGCGCAGUUAUUAACGAACGUGGUCACCAGCUAGUCAAGUUGUUGUUGUCGCAUGGCGCAAAAGUGGCGGUGCAAGACACGAACGGAAAAACACCGUUGCAUUUAGCCGCCGCUUGUGGAAUAGUAAUUGCACUUGCCUCAUUGGUACGAGCAGACCCCGUAGCAGCCACCUUAAAAGAUGACCAAGAAUGUACAGUUCUCCAUUGGGCUUGUUACAAUGGAAAUUACAAUUGUGUGAACUUCCUUCUAGAGGAGAACGUAAUUGAUACUUUGGAAGGAACUCCAUUCUCUGCAGCACAUUGUGCCGUGUAUCUGGGAUCAGAAGUUUGUUUAGAGUUAUUAAUCAACAAAUUUGGAGGAAAAACAGUUGCCGCGCUGCGAGAUAGUCCUGGUGACCGUCUACCUUUGCACGUAGCAGCUACUUCAGGAGCGCUGGAAUGUGCGAGAUUAAUCUUGAACUCAGUCGGUCCGGAAUUAGCUGGUAUAGAGGCAGCAGAUUAUUUAGGACGGACACCACUUCAUUGCGCUGCUAUUGCCGGUAGAUGCGAAGUCAUUGAAUUGUUGCUUGAACGGGAAGCUAAUUUAAGUGCAGUCGAUUGCAAUAAAAACACGGCAUUGCAUUUAGCUUGUCAACGACGUCAGUCUGGGGCUGCUUCGCUUUUAUUGAGUUGGAUAGAGUCGAAAAAUUCUAGUGAGGAAAAUGCAAUACAGCCUCAACAGCAGCAACGGAUAUCGGUCAUUAAUAUGGUUAAUGAGCAGCAGAGCACUCCAUUGCAUUUGGCAGCGAGGAAUGGUCUUGUAAAAGUGACAAGACGUUUAUUGCAACUAGGAGCAAGCGUCGUUGCAGUAGAUGCCGAGGGUCUCACUCCUGCACUUGCAUGUGCUCCAAAUCGCGCUGUGGCGCGUUGUCUGGCAACUAUACUUGCCGCUCACAGUCAACACUGGGAAACCGCACAACACUCGCCAUCAAUUCAACAAACAUCUGAAGUAUAUUUAAAUGGAAGGAGCGGCGAUUCGCAGCACAGUUCAGAUUCAGAAUUUUACUAACAAUAGUCGUUACCCUUGAGCUACCGAGGGUCUCGAACUCAGUACAUUAUUCGAGCGAAUAUUAACGCUGAAAGGCGGUGCCUGAAUCUUUACAAACCCCAGCUCUCACGAGUCUGGUUUUACUACUUGACACGUGACACUGUCAGACACACAUGUGCAAUGAAUAUUCUAUACACGCGGUACCGCUAUACAAAUGUAUAGUGAGGAAAAAAUGGAAGGGAUAGAAGAAAUAUUGCUUGAUUGUAGUUUCUAAAGCUAUCGUUCUUGUAAUUCAUAUUAGUAUUUUUAUAGAUAGUGGUACCAUUAAGCCCUGGUUGUGACGAAUGAGAAAUAAUGAUUUCAGAAAUUAAUACGAUACUAAUAUGAAGAGAAUCAGAACUAGGUUUAGAAAAAUCAAAGUAAGCAAUUUUAGGUAGUAUUGUAUUCACAAGUCGUUGCUUUCGUAAGAAACGUCGAACUGGCCUAUGAAGAUCAAUUUUGUAAUUAUAACCGAUCGACGUCCAUCGCGUCCGAACAUUUUGUACGUGUUUUUGGGCUGUAUGUCCCUUUUUAUACAAAUUAAGUGGAUGUUAUCGGGAAAUGAAGAGAGAGGCGUGCUAAUACCAAUAAUAUUAUCCUUAUUCGUUUCGCUUGUCUCCGCCGUAAAACUUUUAUGUUGUGUCGUAACGUGUUACCGAAACUUUACCAUUAAUUAAUCGACUGUGAUUUCUCAAUUAUUCUUUAUUUAAAUUAAUUCUACUUAAGACACGAGAUCUCUGAAAGACAUUCUUUUUUCUAUGUAUGUAUACUAAUGGAGCAAAUUGAUAUAUUUAUUUAUUGAAUAAUGCCGAUAUGAAUUAUAUUAGUGGACACUCAUUUUUCAGAUUUCUUUGAAUUGUCAUCAGAUAUGUGUUUCUGACAGUAGUUACACGUUAUCCGUUUUAUACUUAUUAUUGAACUUUGGACGUUUAUGCAAAGUCACAUGUCCACAGACUAUGCUACGGGAAAUAGGUAUUUGUCAGAAAUGUAUUAUUCCCUUUAUCAAGUAGUUUCGUUAAGUCUCAUUAACGGAAUAAUCGCAUACGCAGUCCAUAGUCUACCUUGACUCGGUUAUCGACGCAUAAGUGACACCUAGAAUGCUCAGUAAGUUAUUUUUUUUAAAUAUAGAGCGGUCGGAACGAGUCUUAAAUCAUAUCGUACACAGGAGGAUAUGUAUUUUUAUUGUACAUACUGAUAUUGCAAUAAUCGCUUAAGCAAAAGGGGCGGAACGAUAGAUAUAUUUAAAUACAGGUAACCCCCGUACAACUCGGUAGCCAUGUUCCUAACAAUAUUAUGGGAAAUUGAGUAGAAACAUUCGGUAUAGAAUUUCAAAAACCAACCAAAACUACAUUGUUUUGUUAUCACUAUUCAUCAAAAAUAUCAAUGAUCGUCCAGAUUCAUACUAUUUUUAUUAAACAAGAUUUUCUUGUUACAAAAUUACUUCUUUUUGCUCAGGGAAGCUGCUACUUUGUAAUUUCUAUUUUCUUUGGGAAAUCUAUGGGAAUAUUAUGGUUCUUUUAAUGGAAUCGCCGUGUUAUAUUGGGGGUUUCCCUAAUUCUCUAACUGUGUUGUAGGAAUGCCGUGUUAUACAGGAGUUGCCUGUAGCACGAAGCAAUCUCCGAUUUUGUACGUAGUCUAUGCGAAACGCGCGGGAACUCAGAUACGUUAUUUUUCUCUGAAAGAUAAAAAAGCAGUAUCUACUGUACAUAUUGAUAAAUAUUUUUCAAUACCAUCAACCGUGAAUAUAUAAAUAAUAAAAAUAUAUAUAUAUAUACACAUACAUCUAUACGUAUGUGUAAAUAUAUGUGCAUAUACAUAUACAUACAUUACGCGAGUUCCAGGGGAAAUUUAAUAUUGUACCACAUCGAAAUCGCGCUAUAAUUUAACAGCUACUGCCAGUAUCGUGCAUCUGUACUACAUGACCAUUUGUAAUCAAUAAACAACGUUACGAUUUAUUUUUA